GCGCAUGAGCAGAAAGCGGACAGGUGGCUGUCACGCGAAGGGACAGCUCGAGGUGUCUCAUGUCAAAUACAGCUGAGCACGGAGAAGGGAGAAGGAGAGCGGAAUCUAAAGGGACUCGUGAGGUGACAGUGGACCGGAGAGUGCGUGCGUGCGUGAGAGAGGGAGCGCGAGCGCGCGCGUGCCCUCCCUCGAAGUUUGACAUCCCGAGCGGGCUGCAGAAGGACUCGCGCUGCGUCGCUGCCAUGGAGCCUCGCAGGUGCGCCGGACCUGUAUUGAUUGGCGUUUACCUGUGGACGACCUUCUGCUGUAAAGGUUGCCAUGGCGGUGUGUACCAAAGGAAGCUGUACCGAGACCUGAUGGUAAACUACAAUCGCCUGGAAAGACCCGUCCAAAACGACUCUGCACCCAUUGUUGUGGAACUUGGCCUCACACUGCUACAAAUCAUCGACGUGGAUGAGAAGAACCAGGUGAUGAUCACAAAUGCCUGGCUGCAGCUGCAUUGGACAGACAUUUACCUUUCGUGGAAUCAAGAGAGUUACCCUGGGGUGCAGAAUCUGCGCUUCCCUUCUAACCUGGUUUGGGUUCCAGAUAUCCUCCUCUACAACAGUGCUGACGAGAGGUUUGAUGCUACGUUCCACACAAACGUGUUAGUAAACGCUUCAGGAUCCUGCCAAUACAUCCCACCAGGCAUUCUGAAGAGUACCUGCUACAUUGAUGUGCGCUGGUUCCCAUUCGAUGUGCAGAAGUGUGACCUGAAGUUUGGCUCCUGGACACAUGACGGCUGGCUGCUGGACCUCCAGAUGAUGGACGUGGACAUCUCCACCUACAUACCAAACGGGGAAUGGGAUCUUGUUGGUGUGCCGGCUAAACGGAAUGAGCUGUACUACGACUGCUGUAAGGAGCCAUAUCCAGAUGUGACGUUCACAGUCACUAUGCGCCGCAGGACGCUUUACUACGGCCUCAACCUGCUCAUCCCCUGUGUGCUCAUCUCUGGUCUGGCCCUGCUGGUCUUCCUGCUCCCCGCUGACUCUGGAGAGAAGAUCUCACUGGGCAUCACAGUGCUGCUGUCUCUAACAGUCUUCAUGUUACUGGUCGCAGAGAUCAUGCCUGCCACUUCAGACUCCGUUCCUCUGAUUGCCCAGUACUUUGCUAGCACCAUGAUGAUUGUAGGCUUGUCUGUGGUGGUAACCGUCCUGGUAUUGCAGUUCCACCACCAUGACCCCUAUGGAGGGAAAAUGCCUAAAUGGGUCCGAGUGAUCCUACUGAACUGGUGCGCUUGGUUUCUCCGCAUGAAGAAACCUGGGGAGGAAAAUAAAACGGCCGUGAGUUCCGGUUGCGCCGCAGACUACAAAAACUGCCACUAUCCUCCGGAACACAGCAGCUCCGGCAGCAUUCAGAUGAGCUUGGUGCCGGGCCAGGCGUCCACCCAGCCAUCCACGACCAACGGGAACGCCAACCUGUAUCGUGGUUACCACCCUCGGAGCUCAGACAACCAUUCGUUCCCACCGAGCACUGAUUCAGGUGCGGUGAUGUGCGGCGGCGGUCACCUCAACGGCUCCUCCCCGCAUGAGAUCCACUUGGAACAGACGCGGACUCUGCUGCUGGAGCAGGUUCCGGAGAUUUCCAGGAUCCUGGAGGAAGUGCAUUACAUCGCCAGGCGCUUUCGAGAGCACGACGAGGGAGAAGCGAUCUGCAGCGAGUGGAAGUUUGCAGCGGCAGUGGUGGAUCGAUUGUGCCUGGUGGCCUUCUCGCUCUUCUCCAUCAUCUGCACCUUCACGAUCCUCAUGUCGGCUCCCAAUUUCAUUGAGGCGGUGUCCAAAGACUUCACAUGAGGCUGAUCUCUUCAACGAGGCAAAGUCGACAUCGGAAAUCCCGACGUGAUUUGAACCCGUCUCGUUGCUGCAGCUAUGUGCGUGACCGAAGGUUCCGUUAUUUCGAAGUCACACUGCGAAGAAAAUCUUUCCCUCCAUCUCUUUAAAUUAAGACACAGUUAAUAUUUGAUUAAUUUUAAAUGUAUCAGAUUUACACAAUUACUUGUUGAAUAUUUAUAUAAUGUCUGAAAAUAGAGAGAAUCUGCCCAUGCUGACAACAGUUCAAACUCAAUAUUACUCAAUCCGCUAUCGCAUAUGACAAAGAAAAACACUUCAAUUCACCACAUUUGAGGGGAUGGAAAUAGUGACAGUUUUGGAAAAAAAACAAUUAAAUAAUUAAUUACUAAACUCUAAACGGUUGACAAUUAUAUAACGUGCCGACUAUGUAUUGAUAUUGUCUCAGCUCUCAACUCUUUUUCCACUUGUGUAAGUAUUGAAUUGAUCCUUACUCACCACUUUCUUUUCUUUCUUGGCAUUCAAGUCAUUCACACUAUUUCGUCGCGCUUCCUUUCUUCCCGCCGAUCGCCUCAUUUCCUUUUUCUUUAGCCUACACGUGACUGCUGCCAGUAAAAGUCAUUCUUGAGAGAUUUACAGAUCUGCUCCUUUCACAUGUAUUAUAGCUUGAAGUAAUUUUUGGAGGGAUCUAACAACGUAUUCCUAUGAACGUUGUUUAUCUGACUUCUGCACUGGUUACACACACGAGUCUUGUUGAUGAUGAAGUAAAAAAGAGUAAUGCAAGUCGUAGUCAAAUGACAUUCAUAGUUCUCCUGAUGGAUUUCUAAAUUAAUUUGGAAGGUGCAUUAUCCCCGUGUAGAUGCAUUCGGUACAUCUCUAGUGCCUUGUUGUUUUACUCAGCGAAAGGCAAACACUUUCUUAUCUAAUCUCUAGUAACAUUCAACAAGAAGUAAUGGGUGACCUCAUGCCACCAUCUGUGUAAAACCCUCUCACCCACAAAGCGUCCCCUCUGAUCCUCAGUGGUUAUACAACACUUACUUUUAUGUUCCUAACUGCUGAAGAAAAAUAGUCACUGAAAGAAUUGAUGGUGAGAUCAUUGACUACAUUUCAUGUCACUCUGUUGUAUAACGACUGCACAGUAUUUAGUAUCAUAUACACUGUUAAUGGACAGACAGGAAGAGGUGAAGCCAGCUUUGCCUAAAAUGUACAUAACAUAUUUAGCAAUACAGUAUUCGUAUAUUUCAUCCUGUUUGGAAAUUUAAUCAGGAUUCAAUAAGAUUUAUAUCCAUUUGGUUAAAACAUUCGUAUUACAUUACAUUGUAAUGAUGACGGUGUAUCUCAACACUUUGGGUUUGUUGUGGUGAGCGAAGUGAGGAUGUUGAUGCCACACACGUCUGAAUGGUAAAUAGGAGUUUUUUUCACUUCAAAAUGUUGCACUAUUCUAGUCCAUUUGUCUUUACGUUUUGGAUGAUUAUAAGCUGCAGGUGUAAAGGUAGAUGAAGACAAAAAGAUGAGCACUGAUAAACAAAGAGUACAAAGCUAUUUCAUGAAUUCCUUUUUAAAGGAAAGCCAUACUUUUAUGUUAUUUUGAUGUAACACACUAAUGAAAAGGGUCUUGGUUGCUGUAAGAAUUUCUAUUUAAUAGAUUGAGAACUAUUGCUAAAAUGAUCAGUUUUCCAUCUAGGUGGAGUAUAUAUUUACAGAGGAGAUGUCUUCUACAUAUAGCAUAUGUAACUUUGCCAAACCUAUGUAGAUACUUUGUGAAAUAACCCCUCCCAUGUCUAUGUGGAUGUCUAUUUAGCACAUUUCUUACAUGUGAGAAGCAUAUAUGGCACUGAGUCUGUUCAAUGUUAAAUGAACAAAGAUCAUUAAUUGCAUAAAUUCAUCUGCACUGAACAUAUGUAAAGACAAUAUUGUGUUAUUGGUAGAAUGCAUUCUUCAUUGAGCAAUCAAAAUCUAUGAAGCAGCAACCAUACAAUUGUUUGAAUAAAUGGGCUGCACAACUCUGAUAUUGCAAAGUACACAAAAAACUGAGUAUAUGACUGUUUACUCUUUGCAAAGCUGUUAUACUUCAUUAUUGUUUCAAAGGAUUUACAUAAAAGCCCAAUGUACAUGAUUAUUUUGUGAAAUAAAGGAGAAAUAUGAUCAA